AUGUCUGAAGACAUGACUACGGCGCACGCGGCCGCCAACGCGAAACCGUGGAUGCAUGCCUCACUGCAGGAGGAGUGUGCGCUCCUGCCUCUGGAGGAGGAGGAGGCCGUGCUCAAAGGCGCCACAAAAGUCGACGCUGGCGAAAUCGACAGCGACCUGACUACCGAGCAGACUCCCGAGAAUAUGAGCCGCACAUGCACUUCCCUUUUCCAGCCCUCGCCGGCAGAUUCAGAACUUUCUGCCGACUUCGUCGACGCCUCUGAGGAAGGCCUCGAAAAUCCAACGGCGACUCCUGGCUCAGCUCUCCGCCUCAACAAAGACGUGGCUCCCUUCUCGCACGAUUCCCCGGCCGCGGACGAAACGGCAGCGGCAAGCCCAGCGGCGCGACAACUGUCUCCAGAGCCCAAACCCUCGCCCCCCUCGCCCCCCUCGCCCCGUCCCUGCCCACGGCAGCCCGAGCCUACCGCGCCCUUCUCGCCUUCUUCGUGCGUCGCGUCGCAGGGCGGAGGAGCCGCGGCGACUGCGGCGCCCUCCUCCUCGGCUGCGCCAGUCCCCCCGGCGAGCCCCGUCGGCCUCUCUUCAGAUGUUUCUGCGGCCGUCGACCUCCAGCGCGUCUCUCCAGGCGGGACCGUGCCUGGCGACAACCCCGCGCGCGAUAAUGAGGCAGAGGGCUCCGCGGCCGGCUCCGCUGACGACGCGAAACUCCGCGAGGAUUCAGGCGAGCGGGCUUUCUCGCCCGCGCACCCGCAGGACGGAGAGGGACGCGCCAGCAUGCAGGGCGAUCGAGAGCCCGUCGCGGGCUCGACACGGGGGGAGGGCGAGAAGAAGCGUGAGGGCGACGAGAGCCAGACGGAGGAAGCGAGCACGCGCGCCCAGUCGCUGUCUAAGAAAUCAGCCGAGAGCAGAGAGUCCAGCAAGAGCCGGCGGCGACCGGAGGCAGACGCGGCGGCUAGUGGCGCGGCACUAGCCGCCGCCUGCGAGGGCCUGCACACAGAGGAGGGACGCGAGGAGACAGCGCGCCCACCAGAGGACGCAGAGGCUUCCGUGACCGGACCGAAGGGAGCCGCAGGGGAGACCGAAAGGGCGGCCGAAGGCCCGCGCGACGAGGCGGACGCCACGGCGGCGCCGCAGUCCGAGAAACGCGCGAGCAGCUCGCCUUCAGCGGCGGGUGCUGCGGAGCGAGCGACUCCAGAAGAAGCCAGGACACAAGCCAAAGGGCGCCUCGACGCGAAGAUGCGCGCUAAAUUCAAGAGGGAGUUCGUGCGCAGUUGGGUAGACAUCAACAGGGCCCCCUCGUGGCCCCCGAUCAAGAAAAACAAGUACUUAAGUAGCGACUGGAAGCGCGUCGACCUGCGGAAGGCGGCUGGCGAGAUCCGCGUGGAGACGAAGAAGCACCGGCUCUUUUUGAACGACCUCUGCUACCUGUUUGACGGCGUCUUCACGCAGAAAAGCACGCUCGGGCGCAAAGCAGGACUGGGGCUCUUCUGCGAGCGCCCUGAGGGGCUGCACAAGGGGCAGAUCAUCACCGAGUUCGUUGGGUGGCUAGUCGACCGCGACCUCGCCGAGAGCUACAGGAAGCAGCGGACCGCCUCCCACAUCGUCGCCGUCCAGAAAGGCUUUCUGUACAUCGACGGGGCGAAAGAGCCGGCAUACGGGAUGGGCGGAGGCAGCUUCGCCAACGACGGCAGCGAAUUCCUCGGCGGUCCGGGCAACAAUGCGCAGUUUUAUCACUGGUUCGACGAAGAGCUAGGCCGGACGCGGGUAUUCCUCCGAGCGACCGCAGAUAUCAAAAACGGGCAAGAGAUCUUUGUGCCCUACCACAAGACGUACUGGGUCGACAACUUUGAAGAGCAAGCGGAGAACUGCCCAGACGCCUUCAAGCAGAGGAAGCUGGAGCAGCUGCGGCGGCGCUACAAGAACCCAGAGUUCGUCCACAUUCCUCACCGGGAGGAGCUUCGGCUGCGUCAGCAGGAGGAAGCGGAGCGGAAGAAGCGCGUGAAGGAAGAAGCCGAGCGGAAGAAGAGACAGAAGAAGGAGGCGGAGAAGCGCAGAUGCCCAGUCAAGCGCCCGUGCUCAGCCUACCUCCUCUUCUCGAUUUCACGCCGCAGAGAGCUGAUGAAGGCCCGCGGCCUCUGCUCAGGGGAAGCCGAGGAAAGCGACGCGGCGAGACCUCAAGCGUUUGCAGCUGAGCAAAAGAAUCAACGCACUGACUUUCAAGCUGGGAGAGGCGCAGACGCGCCCGCCGUCGGGGGGGAGCGGAAACGCCGACAGUCUGCAGGCCCCACGUCCAGGGCGUCCGCGGGCGACGCCUCUGCCGCGCCGAGCGAGCCGCCGGCGCCUUCGUCGGGUGCGAAGUCGGCUCGCAAACGGAGACGGACAGGGGAGGCCGAGGACGACGCGAAGAGCUCCGGCGGGGCUGCUUCGGCAGAAGGCAGUUCACGGCCGCGGGCUGCCUCGUCUUCGGUCCCGUCUUCGGCUGGAGGUGUGUCGAGUCGGGCAGGAGACGACAGGGCGAGGGCGACGGGCGCGGCAGCCACGAAGGGUGGCUCCAGGAGCCUGAUGAGUUUGAGCGCAGCGCUCACGCGGGAGAUCGCGCGCGAGUGGGGUACGAUGAAGCCUGAGCAGAAGAAGCGCUGGGAGCAGACGGCGGAGAAGGAGCGGGCUCGCUACCUGAAGGCUGUGCAGAGGUGGAAAGAGAAGACGAAGAAGCGCGCCGUCAAGACAGGCACUCGCGAGAGACCCGCGAGCAGGCAACAGAGGGACAGGCCCGCGAGGAAAGGCAGGCAGGGCGCGUCCGCCAGGUCCGCAGGGCCGCAGAAAGCCCACGGAUCCGAGUGUGAGGGUCUAUCAGACGCGAAGGAAGCCACUGCUCGGUCUGCUGCUGCUGAGGCUUGA